CGGCAUGGCCUCUGGCCUUGAGCGCUGUCAGUACCACAUAACCGUUCUCUCUCCGCUGUAUCUUGGUAUACCCGUGGCAGCAAGAAUCCUAACGAGUCGAAACUCGAUCUGAAGCCAAAUCUGGCAAAUGCACGGCAAGAAUUGGAAUCGUCCUGGCGGAAAGGGUUUGAUCGUACGCUAGCACGUCUGUUAUGCUUGGGGUUCAUGGGAUAAGAAGCACCACGAACAACAUGAAGUUUCCGGAAACCAUUCUGGUGUGGAUUUUGGCCGCGUUGGCGACCCCAGGACAGACUGCGACAAUUGAGGUGGCAUCCUUGUUGAUAGAACCGUAUUUGAUGCGGACGUCUGGCGAUGCCAACAGCACUGAUCCCCAACAUUACGACGGAUUCGUCAAGGAUAUCCUGGAUCACGUGACCAAGAUGAUGAAUUUGGAUUAUACGAUCCACGUGUUACCAGGACAGAAGUUUGGAAGUGUCAGCAGCAAUGGGACGUGGGACGGUCUCAUCGGAGAAAUAUUAUACCAAAAACGUCAUUUGGCAGCAGCUCCUCUCACAGUGUCAUCACAACGCAGAGAGGCUAUCCAUUUUUCUAUUCCUUUCCAAAACUUCGGACCUGUGAUAAUAUUGAGGAAACCAUCUUCGGGACAAAAUUCAUUCCAGGAAAGAAUCUCCCGCCUUUUUUUACCCCUAGAACAGAGUGUGUGGAUGAUGUCACUCAUAUGCUAUUUCGGUGUCAGCACGAUCAUUUAUAUUAUUGCUCGGUUUAAUCCAUACGAGUGGCGACAGAUGGCGAAAGAUGGCGAAGCGACUCAUCGUGAAGCCGAAUCCUUCAACUGUAACAACUCAUUUUGGUUUACCAUCAGCUCGUGGAUGUGGCAGGGCUACACAAGAACACCGAGAUCCCUAGGCGGUCGUCUGGUGGCGUGUUUCUGGUGGAUCUACGUAGUCUUCUUCCUCGUGACCUUCACCGCCAGUCUGACAAAUCUGCUGAGGCUGGGUCCGAACCACCAGGAGGUAGAGAGCUACUACAAGAUUCGAGGACUCCAGGACCUCGUGAAGCAGUCAGACGUCAAAUACGGAAUGCUCAAGGGCGGGACAACCGAGCAGUAUUUCCGCUUCGCUCAUGUUGCAUACAUACAGCAGAUUUACAGGACUGUCUCCAAGAAUGACCGCCUGGCUGCGUCUGUCGAAGAUGCGAUAAGUAAGGUACGGAAUAGCUGGAAGACUGCCUACGCUUUCAUCAUGGAAUCGACAAUGGCUAAAUACCAUGUGCGCCAAGAACCGUGUGAUCUGUAUUUUGUGGGAGAUUUCAGCAUCAGUGGAUCUUACGGGUUUGGUUUCAACAAAGCUUGGACCCACGCUGAUGAGCUGGAUGUCACGCUGCUACAGAUGCGAGAAAACGGAACUCUUCAGCUUCUGGAAGACAAGUGGUUCGCUGGGGCGUGUCGCUCCAUCAUGCUGAACCCGUCCCUGGAAGACUGGGUGAAGAUUCCUCCAUUCUUCAGCGUGGAUCUGGGCACAUUCUCCGGAGCCUUAAUAGUGCUACUGUUUGGUGUAGUAGCUGGAGGUCUCAUAUGUAUUUUUGAAAUCGUCAUCUACAAAAAGGCAGAAGCUCCCGAGAAUCCCGAAGCACACAUCAUAUUACAAACCCAGGACGCAGCUGCCGACCACAGCGCCAGUUCAACCCACCAGUCUGCCGCCACCAACGUGUAGUCCCCUCAGAGCUGUUAUGAUAAGAUCAGACUACCAACUGUCACGACAUGAUUUGGCCGACCACUCGACUUCUACAACUGUCCAGAUGCAAAUCUGAGCUAUCUCACAACUCGACUCUCGCCGUGUACACCUACGACCGAUUAGUUGUUAAUCUGAGCGCACCAGUCGUCAGUUGGGAGUGGGGAGAAGUAGGGGAGAAGUAUAACGCAACUGUCGAGUUGGCCAUCUCCGUCGUGACAGUUGACAAUCUUAGCCUAGCUAGCAUUACAUACACGAUCUCGUCAAAUCCCUGGUGCUACUGAAAGUAGAACUGUGAAACAAACGAAACUAGGAUCAUGAUGACAUAUCAAUAUAUGCAUCACAAAUAUCUCUAAUACUGAUGGUGAUGAACGUGGUGAUGAUUAUGAUUUAAUCAACCCAAUACAAAUGGUGAUACACUAAUCUACUCAUGUCUGAAUGCCAAAAAUACCAUUGUAUAGUCCAACUAGUAAAUGAGUCAAAUAUGGAGUGGUGUGUUUCGCAUACAAAUGCAAUCUGUCUUGCGGCAUUCGGUCUAUUAUUUACUAAUGCAGAAAUAUAAAUGUGUGAAAACUAAUCGACUAAAUGUAUUUAAAGCAGUAUUAUAAUAGAAUAUAAUACCAUAGAACAUUAAGCCAUUUGUAAUAAUGUCCUGCUGUUUCUACGUAUUGCGAAGAUGUUGGGGGGUUUUCAUAAAAUGUAUUUAGCUAACAGAAACAAUAUUUUUGUUGCCAAGAACUAGUGCAUCAAAAGGCAACUCUCCAACAAGAAAAGUUCAUAAAUGGAGGCAUUUUAGGUUUUGGUCAAAUUCAUGUCCCUCUUUGUUCAAAGAUACUGAUUUUUAAACAUCUUGUUACGCUGAUGUAUUUACUGUUAUGUUGUACUUAUGUAAGUAAUAUUUAUUUAUUUAUUGUUUAUUUAUUUAUUUAUUGUGUUUGUUUGUUUGUUUGUAUUUGUUUGUUUGUUUAUUUCAAUACGUUAAUGUUAGGUAGUUCUACAAUUUUACGUCUUAUCACAAGGUGUUUGGAAAUUAACUCGAACACAGAAGCUUCAUCUAACUGGCCUGGAUUCAUCUCACAGCGAAGAACAUACAACCAUUAAAGCUGUAUUUUAUAAUCAACCAAUUAAUAUGUAAAACACAAUAUAUACAAGUGACAUUUAUUUAUGUAAAUAUGAGCUAUAAGCAUUUUUGCGUAAAGAAAUGAAUGUAAAAAUAAGUUUAUAGUAGAAUGAUAGACUGAGAAUGGGCGAAAUAACUACAAACAUUAAAGGGACAUUCAUGACUUCGCUGCAUUGUAAGAUGUUUCAGACUAAUAAAGUAUUUCUACGAUUAAACUUACAUAUUAAAUAUAUUUUCUUGUUUCGAAU